AUGACGCCACAACACAAGUUGAUCACAGUACCAGACGGUGCGGACCCUGAGUCUGUCAAGGAUUUAAUGCACGCAAACCGCCUUGAACGUGUUAUUGUUGUUGGGGAUCAUUUUGAACUCAAAGGUCUAGUCACUGUCAAAGACAUUCAAAAAUUUAAGGAGCAUCCUAGAGCCUGCCGAGAUGAUACAGGACGGUUACGUGUCGGAGCCGCGGUGGGUGUAGGAGCGGAUAAUGAAAAGCGGGUAGAUUUGCUCGUUGCCGCAGGGGUCGAUGUCAUUGUCGUGGACACAGCCCAUGGGCAUAGUCAGGGUGUGCUCGAUCGGAUUACUUGGGUAAAGCAAAGAUAUCCAAACGUGCAGGUUAUCGGUGGCAAUAUCGCUACUGCUGCUGCAGCAAAAGCCCUUGUUGCGGCAGGUGCUGAUGGCGUUAAAGUUGGCAUUGGUCCCGGUUCUAUUUGUACUACCCGUGUUGUAGCGGGUGUUGGGGUUCCACAAAUUACUGCGGUUUCCGAUGUCGCAGAAGGUUUGGUUGGGACGGGUGUUCCUGUUAUUGCUGAUGGCGGUAUUCGAUACUCUGGAGACAUAGCCAAGGUGCUUGCUGCUGGGGCGAGCGUUGUCAUGUUGGGCGGAUUAUUAGCAGGUACUGAGGAAGCUCCUGGCGAGGUCAUCUUGUACCAAGGUCGCUCUUACAAAACGUAUCGUGGCAUGGGCUCAGUGGGUGCAAUGAAAGAGGGGGCAGCCGAUCGCUAUUUUCAAGAAGCGGAUGCAAACAUUGACAAACUCGUUCCUGAAGGUAUAGAGGGGCGAGUCCCUUACAAGGGGUCAGUAACGGCGGUCCUUUAUCAGUUAACAGGGGGGGUGCAAGCCUCACUGGGUUAUUGUGGCUGCCGCAAUGUUGAUGAAUUGCACCAAAAAGCGGAAUUUGUUGAAAUUACGGCUGCCGGCAUGCGAGAGUCUCACGUUCACGACGUGCAGAUAACAAAAGAAGCACCAAACUAUCAUGUUGAAUAA